AAUAAUAAUAGAUUAAAUAAAUAAAAACUAAAAAAAAUGAUAAUCAAAUGUCUAAGAAAACCUUAUUAUAAUUAUUUAUUAAAUAAUCCACUCUAUCAUAAAACAAAAAGUUAAUAGAUAUCUAAACCUGGAACAAAAUCAGGCACUAUAGAUUACAUAGUUUAUAAAUAUAUGGAUUAAGCAGCUAGUUACACAAACAUCGAUUAGGAAAAAAUAAAAUUCUAUAAAUCUUGUGACAAUACAUUAGAAAUAACAAUUCCUUUAAUAAGAAAGAACGGUAAAUUAGAAAUAAUCAAAGGUUAUAGAACAUAACAUAAAACUUACAAAUUACCUACUAGAGGAGGUUUAAUUAUUAAUAAAAAUAUAACCAAAGAAGAUAUUGAAGCUUUUGCAUGUUUAAAUUCAAUUAGGGCAGUAGCUUUAAAUAUGCCUCAUGGAGGUGCUAAAGGCGCUAUCUGUAUAAAUCCUAAAGAUUAUACAGAUAAUGAAAUAGAAACUAUUAUUAGAAAAUAUAUAGUUGAAUGCGGAAAAAAAGGAAUUAUUGGAAGUUCUAUAGAUAUACCGGGUACUGAUUUAGGAAGUACUGAAAGGGAAAUGAACUGGAUAAAAGAUACAUAUACAUUCUUUUAUGGAUAAGAUGAUAUUGAUGCAUAAGCUUGUGCAACUGGAAAAAGCUUAAAUUAAGGCGGAUUGAAUGGAGCUUUAUAAUCUUCAGGAUUUUGUGUUUAUUUUACUAUAUAAUAUUUGUUAAAUUAGCAAGAAUUUUGUUAAAAAGCUGGAAUAACAUAAGGUAUUAAAGGAAAAAAAUUUAUAGUUGAAGGAUAUGGAAACGUAGGAUAUUGGGCUUCGAAAUUCUUAUAAGAAGCAGGAGGAAUUCUAAUUGGAGUUAUUGAACAUGAUGGAGAAUGUUAUAAUGAAUAAGGAAUUGAUGCUUAGGAUAUUAAUGAUUACUUACUAAAGAAUAAAGGUAUUAAAGGAUAUUCAAAAGCUAAAGCUAUAAAAGACGUUGCCUUUUAAAAAUGUGAUAUUUUCAUUCCUUCUUAUUUCGCGAAAGCAAUAUAUUAAUAAAUUGCAGACAAAUUUUAAUGCAAAAUAGUUGCAGAAGCUGCCAAUCUUAGUGUAACCCCGAAUGCUGAAAAAAUAUUGGAAAGUAAAGGAAUAUAAAUUAUUCCUGAUGUUAUUUGUUCAUCAGGGGGAUUUUUAGCUGGUUAUUUUGAAUGGAUUAAAAACAUUAAUCACACAUAGUCACAUGGAUCAAUGACUAGAAAAUGGGAAUAUAAAAGUAAUAUUUAACUAUUAGAAACUAUAGAAGAAGAAACAGGAUUAAAAAUUAAAUAAGAAUUAAGUCAUUAUUUCAAAGAUAUAUAAGGAGCUAACGAAUAAGAUCUUGUUUUUAGUGGAUUAUAAGAAGGAUUCGAAUCUGCUCUAAAUGCAUGUAUUGAAACUUAAAAUAAAUAUUUAGUUAAUUUAAGAUAAGCAGUUUAUAUUAAUGCUUUAAAGAAAAUUGAUGAACAUUAUAAAUAAGUUGGAAUUACAUUCGGAAAAUGAUUUAUUAAUAUUUAGAAUAUCAAUAAUAACUUUUAUAAUAUAUCUAAUUUAUUUAUUUUUUAAUCUAUAUUCACAUUUUUUUUUAAGUAUAUUAUAUAAAAAAAAAUAUUGGGAUAGGCAUUAAAUUAAUUACGU